UUUUGACCUUAAAAUAAUAUAAUUAACAAAAAUGAUCCAAACCCCGGUGAACCAAGUGAGACUGACCAAUGUGGCUAUUGUACGGUACAAAAUUAUGGGCCAGCGGUUCGAAGUUGCUUGAUACAAGAAUAAAGUGCAGGACUAUAGAGAUGGUGUAGAAGAGGACCUCAAUGAAGUCUUGCAGAUCUACCAAAUCUUCACGAAUGUUAGUAAAGGAGAAGUUGCUAAUAAAAAGACAGUCAAGAAGUACCUCAAAGCAGGUGAGGACGAGGCAAUCAAGAUUAUCCUGACUAAGGGUGAACUCCAGAUCAGUGAGCUUGAGAGAGAAUCUGAAUUCGAGAGCUUGAAAUUGAGUAUAGCCAAUAUUGUCAGUAGAAUGUGUGUUAACAAGGAGAAUUCCGUACCUUUCCCUGUACCUAUUGUCCUGAAAGCCAUGGAUGACAUCAAGUUCCAUGUUAAAGAAGGCCAUAAUGCAAAGAAGCAAGCUUUAGCUCUGAUAAAGGAGCUCCCAGCUGUCCUUCCACUUGAACGUGCCAAGAUGAAAAUCAAGUUCUCCUGUACUAACGAAGAGAAGGUGUCUGUAGUAAAAUCCUGGAUGACUGAGACUUAUGAUAAGCAAGAGAGUGAGGAGGAAGGGAACCUCUAUCUUCUUCAGGAGGAGAACAAGACAGAACUCACAUACCUCAUUAUGCCUUGGCUAAUCAGAGAUGUCACCAAUUUUUGCAAUAAAGAUGAUGAUGUCUCCUUUGAAAUUGUGGAACACUACGUUUACUCUAGACUUCUCUCAGCCAGUGAGGAAGAAGAAGCCAAGAAAGUUUAUGAAGAGGCUCAGAAGAAGCGAGAAGACGAGGCUAACUCAACACAAACCUUCAUUGUCUCUUCUAAUUUUGAAGAGGACAAAAUAGCUGAGCCUAAGAAAGGCAAGUUCUCGUGUUCAACCUGUCUUGAUGUACAGUUCAAAAACAACAAGGAGUUUAAGGAACAUUUCAAGUCUGAGUGGCAUGUCGAAAAUACCAAAAGGAAGAUGGAAGGCCAGCCAAAACUGAAUGAAGCAGACUACCUAAUUUUUAAAGAAGACGAGAUCGACAGAGAAAUGUUCAUGAAGGAUAAGAAGGGAAGGAAGGGUAAAAAGAAGAAAGGAAGGAAAAACAGGGAUUAUUAGCAGGACU